AUGGAAGAUUUGAAAUCUAUCGAGAAACUUCCAGAUGAGAUUCUCUACCGAAUCCUUUUGCAGUUACUUUACCAAGAUUUUGAUUUAAGGCCACCAUCUUGGAAUCCAUGGACUCAAUCGCCGCAUGUGCUCAAUUUUUGCUUGACGCAGAGGAGAUUCUACAGAGCAUAUUCUCUAUGUAAAUCGCAAACACCAGAGUCCAAACUUACACCUAUAUUCAAACUCUCGAAUGAGAUAUUAGAGAAUAUACUUGAAUAUCUCGUUCAUAAUUCUGGAAAAUUGAUUCCUAUUGACCAUAGAGCCUCUUUAAGUGUAGAGAGUUUCCAGUCUAUGCCACCACAAUCGUUAGAGGACACAAAUAUUACCACAACUCUUGUAUGGGAUUUCCUAUUUGUUACCAAACAUCAAUCAAUUUCUGAUGAAAACUUUAUUAGAGCCAUCCUAUUUGACGAGACUCACGCCACAACACUCACUCUAGAGAGACAAGUGAACCUAAAACAAAUCACUAGCAAUACCCGUCAAGUCGAUAGAUCUCGACCAUCGCUCAAGCAGCUUCGCAUAAAGCUUGAUCGUAGUCGUAAGGACGAGAUUACCAUUUUUCGAGUGCUAUCACGAGCCCGGGAGCAAGCCACCAUCAUCAAUAAUAAAAUUGAUGUACAGAGCUUACUCCACGCUUUUCAAUUGUUCGACCAUCUUCAACAGAUACGUCUCAUGAGGGUGCAAGACAAAGUAGAUAUAGAUUGGGCAUCCUUCCUCCGAGAAAGACGCUGGAUCGCCUUUUCUCAAAACAACAACAAUAACGAUAUAAGCGAUCCCAUCCUCUCCCUAGAUCUCGACCCCUUAGAAUGGACAGUUGCCUGCGAGCACUCGGCUCGAGCACUCGGCUACGCUUUCCUCGAGUCCAAAUCCCCCGCAACACGUUUCUCAAGCCGUUUCGUCAAUCCACGUAUCCCCUUACUUCUUAACCCACAUUCCCACCACACAAUCUCUACACUAGCAAAUCGUCUCACAUGUUUGGAAAUACAGAUUCAAGAACCUUCGGAUGAUAAAAUGCAUCAACUUUCUAGUCUCUUCAAUACUUUCUUCACUUCUGCUCAUCAAAUCCAGGGUUUACAUGUGGGGUUUCCUUCCAAUAGACCUCUCACUCAUGUACCGCUCGAAGCGGUCUUUCAUCAUGUUAUGUGGAAUAAUUUAAGAUAUUUAGGGUUCGGGGCGUGGCAUUUGGAAAGCGAGGAAAUUAUUAGGUUGUUAAGACGUCAUAAAUAUACAUUGAGGAGUGUGAGAUUGAGGAGUGUAAAAUUGAAGGAGGGAAGUUCGUGGAUAGAGGUUGUGAGGAUGUUGAGGAGGGAAUUGAGGGAGUUGAAGUGGGUUAGUUUGAGGGGGAUUGGAUAUGUAAAUGCAGGUGGAAAUGGCAAUGGGAAUGGAAAUGGCAUUGGAAUCGGAAUUGGAGGAGCAAAUCAAAUAGGAAAUCCCAAUGUAGGCAACGCGGCGGACAUGGACGACGACAGCGAUGAUAGCGACGAAGAAUUAGAUUUCGAGGAUACAGCCAUUGGAGAUCGCACCUUGAGUCACCACAGUAGCUCUGUCCAUUUACCUUCCUCUACUUCUUCCCACUUCGAAUAA